GGUCUCUUCAUCGCCUCAAGUGGCUACUUCCCUCCGCUGCUUCACUUUCUGUUUUUUCUAAUACAGCAAUGGAUCUAGACUUGAGUUUCUACGUCGGAGUUGUAGGAAAUAUCCUCUCCAUUUUCAUCUUCCUUUCCCCCGCGGAUGUAUUCAUUAGGAUAGUGAAGAACAGAUCCACAGAAGACUUCGAUAGCAUUCCUUACAUCUCUACGUUGCUGAGUUCGUCCCUUUGGUGCUACUAUGGCCUUACAAAACCCGGUGCCUUUCUGGUUUUCACUGUCAAUGCUUUCGGCGUUCUGGCCGAGACCGUAUACGUCCUCAUCUUCAUCGUCUUCGCUCCUCCUAAAACCAAGAAGAAGACGGCGGCUUUGGCCGCUGCUCUGAACAUUGCUCUUCUGGCGGUUGUGAUUUUGGUGACCAAGUUCACACUUGAAGGAGAAGCUUUGAUCGAUGCUAUAGGUUAUCUGUGCAUUGUAUUGAAUAUCAUCAUGUAUGCUUCUCCCUUGGCUGCAAUGGGGACGGUAUUGAGGACCAAGAGUGUGGAGUUCAUGCCCUUCUACCUCUCACUUUUCAUCUGCUUAAACGGUGGCGUUUGGGCUGUGUAUGCUUUCAUAGUUCGUGACUGGUUUCUUGGGGUACCAAAUGGGACAGGAUUCAUAUUUGGGGCAGUACAGCUAAUAUUGUAUGCCAUUUACAGCAAGCCAAAAACAGCAAAAUCCUCCACUGCAGUAUUAGAAGACAGUAUGCAAAAUGAGCCCUUGAUUUCAGCUUAGAUUUGUCUUUAUUUUAUUUUAUUUUUAUUUUUAUUUCCAGGUUUUUUAUUAUAUAUUUUCUCUUUAUUUUUUGUUUUCUGUUUCUUAGCAACUUAUUAAAAUUUUAUUGUAUGAUAAAUGAAGAUAAUAUGGAUCAUUAUACAGCAAUUUUUAGACUUCA